ACAGUCUUUUCUUUGAACAAGUGCAUCCUUGCAGCUGUCAUUCUUCUUGGACUAGGGACCAUUUUCUUCUCUGCAGACAUGGAUGUUAGAGAGCUGAAGGACCCAACAAAUCAGGAGUGGCUGAAUCCUGAGAUCUCCAAAGACACGCCUGUUGGUCUUCAGCCUCCAGAUAUUUUAAGCAAGCAGGCGAAGGAAGAUCAGCAUAUAUUGGUACUACAGGAACAGCUUCAGCAAUAUCAAGGUGAACUAAAAGCAGCGCAACUUUGGGCAGAGGAGGGAGAGAAAGAGCGUGUGAGGAGAGAAGAGCUGGAGAAGGAGUAUGAGAGGCUAAAAGGAGAACUAGAUAGAGUACUUGCUCUUCAAAAGGAGCUGGAGCAAGAGAACGAGAGAAUGAAAGAAGAAAGUGCGAGAGCAAAGAAAGAGCUGGAGGCCCUGCCAUCACUACAGAGAGAACUGGAGCAUCUGAGAGCUAAAGUUUCACAGCUCACACAGAGCACAGGAAGAGCAGAAUCUGUUCCACCCAUUGCAGCUUCUCGGAUGCCCUCUGCUGGAGACAAAAGUAGUGUACCACCGAUGGAAAGACAAGACGUGAAGCCCAGAAAGACUUGGGACAAAAAGAGUGAGGAGAAGGAACAAAGCAAGGGAGACAAAGAAUGGAAAAAGAAGAAAAGUGGAAAAAAGGAAGAUGACAAGGAAAGGAGGGAGAGAGUGACUGAGGGAAAACAUACUAAGGAACAGAAGGACUGGAAAAAAGAUAAAAGCCACCAAGAGGCAGGUAAAGCAGGGAAGCGAAAAGAAGAGAGAAAACAAGAUUAUGAUCAAAUGGGCAAAGAAAGUGAAGACAAGAAAGAUUUUAAGGAAUGGGAGGAGAAAAAAGAAUGGAAGGAAGAUAAAAAGUGGAAGAAAGACAAACAUGUAGGACAGGAUGAGAGGAUGGGAGACAAGAAGGACUGGAAGGAUACUGGGAACAAGAAAGUGAAAGAGGAAAACGAAUGGAAACAGAGAGGGGAGCGGAAAGAGGACAAAGACUGGAAAAGCGAUAAACGGAGUGGUGGGAAUGACCAUAAAGAAUGGAAAGGUGAAAAAGAAUGGAGAAAGGAAAAGAGUGAGGGAAAACACAAUGAUAAAACAGAGAAGAAAUGGAAAGGAGACAAAGAAUUUCCAAAAGAGUAUGAUGAAAAGGAAAUAGAGGAGAAGCAGUGGAGAGGGAAACAAAGAGAGUCACAAGAUAGAGAAUGGCCAAGAGAGGGAGUAAAGGAGGAGAAAAAAAAGAAGACGUACUACCAUAAAAACGAAGGGACAAAUAGUCCCAAUGAAAAGGAGAAACAUGGGCAUGGAGCACCAGACGAGACCUUCUCCCAUCACCAUUACGACCAGGAGAACUACUGGAACAGACAGAGAGCGCGCAUUCAGCACUAUGACGGGCAGCGGGAGACGUGCAGCGGUGUGGCAGAUUGCGCUCGAGUCGAGGGACUCUCUCCCGUCAGCCUGCGGGACUUCGAGACCCUUCUCCAGUCCUACCUGAAGAAGCUCCAGGAUGAGGACCAGACCUCCAGGAAAGGGGAGCUCAGUAAGCUGGUGAAGGAGUUCUUCACGGAUGGAGUGUUCGCUCAUGAUCAGAUGCCGUUCAGGGAGUUCGUGGAAGACGUGGGGGACAUUUUGGAGGACAUGGCCGAAGGAGAAGAGAGCGACAGCGAGGAAGAGGAGAGCGAGGAAGACGACGACGACGAUGAGAUGGAAGAAUUUGAAAGGGAGGCAAUGGAGAAAUUUGCACUUCCAGAGGAAGUGAGGAAGGGAGAGCAGAAGAAAGAGAGCAGAAGAGUGAAAGGUUGAAGGUUCCUCAUUGUGAUUUAGAGGUUUCAGAAAAGGUACAUCCCGAAACAGUCGAGCCUGAUUUUCUGCUUACUAAUGUGGUGUGUCAUUUUUAAAGAGCUUAUUAAUUUUGAUCAGUUUGGCUUAGCUUUUUCUUGUCAUGGAUAAAACAUUACAGUAAAACCUCAGUGAUGGUUUCCUUCUUAUAAUAGCUGUUUUUGCUCAUUUUUCAUUACUUUUAUCUUUAUUUGAAAAUGUUAUACAACGUCAAAUAAAGACUCAGUGAGAGUCCCCUGUUCAGUCAUUUAAAUAUCUGGGGCUGGAUUCAUGAAAUGUGGUUAAGAAUAAAAUUAUUUUAUUUUCUUCUUAUUUUU